AUGGAUAGUGAGGAAGAGAGGCUUCGAAAUCUCGGGUUCCUUGGCAUCCUCAAGGAUUCCUUCAAGAUCAUCUUCUCAUGGAAGAAAAUCUUCACUUUAAUCACGCUCUGUUUUAUCCUCCCUCUCUCCGUCAUCUUCUUAGUUCAAGUCCAAGUUUCCGAUAGUCUGGAAGAAAUAAUGCAAUGGGAUCCAUAUGACCUCGAUUGUGGCAAAGACGGUGAAAGAUAUCAUCGCCUCAAUGAUAUCUUAAGAUGCGAUCGUCUAGCAUAUUGGCUCAUCAAAAUAGCAUAUUUGGUCUUCCUCCUGGUGCUUUCCCUUCUCUCUACUUCUGCGGUUGUAUACACUGUGGCCUGCAAUUACACGGGAAAGCCCAUCACCUUCAAAAAGAUCAUGUCCGUGGUCCCGAAGGUAUGGAAGCGAGUUGCCAUCACAUUCAUAUGGAGUUUCUUGAUCCACUUGGCCUACAGCUUAUGCAUGCUGGGGACAUUCGUCAUGUCGGUGAUGCUGAUUGGUUUCUCGCCGGUCGGGCUAGCCAUCUGGAUUAUCCUCUUGAUCCUGUUCUUCGUUGGGUUCGUGUACCUGAGCAUCAUCUGGCAGCUGGCGAGCGUGGUCUCCGUCCUGGAAGAGGAGAACUACGGGAUCAAGGCCAUGGUCAAGGGCAAGAAUCUGAUUGAGGGCAAGCGACGAGUCACGAGUUUCAUCUUCGUGCUGCUGGUCUUGUUCUAUUAUGGGAUCAUGAUAGUGUACCAGAUGUUUGUGGUGUAUUCAUGGAACUUAGCAUUCGAUUUAAUUGUUGGCAUCCCCUGCCUCAUCCUGCUGACGUUCCUGUUCCUGUUUGGCCUCGUGAUCCAAACAGUGAUCUACUUCGUCUGCAAGUCAUAUCACUGCGAGAGCAUCGACAGGCCGGCCUUGGCCAACCAUCUGGAAGCUUACUUUCAGUCUGAUCCUCAGAGGGAAGCCACCAGAGAUGUCCAGCUAGAGCAAGUUCAGAUCGCCACCAAGGAUGCCCGGCUAGAUCAAGUUUAUGUCUGAAGUUCAAAUUGGAACUCUCUGUACCAGCUGAAUAAGAGUGGAACCGACAAACAUAGAUGGCCCUUAGAUUUAAGUUUGCGAGUGUACUUACGAGUUUCGUAUAAGUAUGUUUGAUCUGGAGUCAUGUGUACUUCUUCUUGAUGUGUUCGACGUGGGGAAAGCGAAAGAAA